AUGGCUAGCUUUCCCACCGUAGGCCUUUAUCCUGGCAAGGUUCGGCAGGUUCGCGAUCAGAUCAGGACAGCCCUCUUCCGCCAGGCCCUGUUCAAAGUCCAGAACGUGGAAGUCACCUACCUGGACGAAUGCAAAGAUGCGAGGGUCUUGAAGCGCAUCGUCAAGAGCGCCAGCCCCUCCUUGCUGGGUCGCAUGUUGGAUCUGCGGAAUCCCAAGGAUGUGGCAGUGCUGAGGGAGGAGCUCUGGACCGUGGACCGCUGCGGCCAAGGAGCAGACUACAAGGUCCGCUAUUACAAAGAAGGCGGCGACGGCUUCUCAGCCUCUGUGCUGCCGACAUCCCCCAAAGAUUGCUGGCGGGCCUUGAGGUUCUACUUUUCGGGGGACUGA